CACCUGAGGAGUGAUGCAUAUUUCAAUGAUGGCCUCUGCGGGGGUCUCGUCUGCUGUCGAUGUCCAGAGCUGAGUGGCCGCCGUCUCCGCACACACACACUGUGGAUGUUCACUCGUUGAGACUCGUCCGCCCCGGUGGGCUCAUUCAGGUGACUCAUUCUUUGCUCAGCUCCCAGACUGCUGGCCUUGUUGGAGUUGGCAUUGUUCGUGUUUGUUCAGGAGUGGGCUGUGCCCAUUCCGUUAGGGUGGUGCGGCCCUCCCAGGUGUAACGACGAGACCACCGGCCUCUGGCCCUGCUAAAGGUGAAGGUCGUGCUUUGAUUUGUGAAGCCCUUUCAAAGGUGACCACCCAGCCACUCAUGAAGGGUCUCUGCUCAGGUGUCCUCGUCCCUUUGGGGCGUCCCUGGGCCACCGUUGUGUGAUGAGUGAAUGCCGCGUAUUGAAGCCCUCCAGGUGUCCAUGUAAAUCGAGGCUAAUCUCAGAGGUGGACGCCCCUGUCAUCGGACCGCCUGGCACAGCAGCACGUUGUGGGACUGAAGUGACAUUGGCUGUCAUUUAGGAGGUUUCUUUGUUGUGGGAUUCAUUCCUGGUUGUCACAGAAGUGUCCCUCCUCAUAGUCAUUAAAGUGACUUGCCAGCUCAGCAGGAUUUCUUAUUUGGAGUUGACAGCAGAUGCCCCCAGAAAGCCACCACUUGUAAAGUGGACUCAAGCUCUUCAUCAUGUGGCGUUUGCUCCUCAGCUGUGCGCCAAUCCUGCGCUCUUCGUCAUCGCCCCACAUGACCGUCACUCGCUUGUUUUUCCAUCCAGAGCUCAUUGGGACCCCUCCUGUUUGGAGUCUGCAGAGAAAGUGGACAAGGAGACCACCCUCCAAACUCAGUCCCACCAUCACCAUGUCAAGUGCCAUGUCUGCCAGCUCCGACCUCAGUAAGAUCGUGCGGGACAAGUACAUGUGCCUACCGCAGGGGGACAAGGUGCAGGUCACCUACAUUUGGAUCGAUGGCACCGGAGAAGGACUGUGCUGCAAGACAAGGACCCUGGACUCGGAGCCCAAGGGCAUCGAAGAUGUUCCCGAGUGGAAUUUCUUUGGCUCGAGUGUCUACUGGCCGGACGGCUCCAACAGCGACAUGUACCUGAUGCCCGUGUGCCUGUUCAGGGACCCCUUCACGCUGGACCCCAACAAACUGGUGCUGUGCGAGGUGCUCAGGCACAACCGCAAGCCAGCAGAGACCAACCUGCGCAACAGCUGCCGUCAGGUGAUGGAGCAGGCCGGGCACAGCCACCCUUGGUUUGGCAUGGAGCAAGAAUACUCGCUGCUGGACCUCGAUAAGCACCCCUUUGGUUGGCCCAAGAAUGGCUUCCCUGGACCUGAGGCAGGUUUCUGUAGCUGCAGCGUGGGCACCAACAAAAGCUAUGGCCGAGACAUCGCUGAGUGCCACUACAAGGCCUGUCUGUAUGCUGGGGUGAAGAUCACUGGCACCAAUGCAGAGACCAUGCCCUCUCAGUGGGAGUUCCAGGUGGGGCCCUGCGAGGGCAUUGCCAUGGGCGAUCACCUGUGGAUGGCACGCUUCGUGCUGCACCGUGUCUGUGAAGACUUCGGGGUGGUGGCCACGCUUGACCCCAAGCCGAUUGCGGGUGACUGGUAUGGAGCAGGGUGUCACACCAACUUCAGCACGGAGGCCAUGCGUAACCAGGGGGGACUUCAGCAUAUCGAGGAGGCCAUCGAGAAGCUGAGCAAGCGACACUCGUAUCACAUCCGCAUGUACGACCCUAAAGGGGGCGCCGACAACUCCCGCCGCCUGACUGGCUCCCACGAGACCUCCAGCAUCCACGAGUUCUCUGCUGGCAUCGACAACCGUAAUGCCAGCAUCCGCAUCCCCCAGCAUGUUGGAAAAGGUGGCUGUGGCUACUUUGAGGACCGGCGCCCUGCUGCCAACUGUGACCCGUAUGCCGUGACGGAGGCCAUCACCCGCACGUGUGUGCUGAACGAGACGGAGCCUGUGCCCGUGGGCGAGGUGCCAUGAGGAUGACUUCUGUCUUCACUGCCAUCUUCUUCCGGCACUUAUUUGAAUUGACCGUUGGUCACUGCUGGUCACUUUGCUCUGAUGGCACUUAAUAAAUAAAUUUGGGUUCAAAUCCGG